AUGGCACCUAAAUCAUCCUUUACUUGUGUACAAUGCGAGAAAUCAUUUUCAGCUAAGCAUCGUCUCGUUAAACAUAUUCGUAUUCACACAAGAAAAAAACCAUUACAAUGCAAUUAUUGUGAGAAAUCAUUUGCACAUAAGAAAAAAAAUCUAUCACGUCAUAAAAGUAUUCACACAGGAGAAAAACCAUUUCAUUGCAAUUAUUGUGAGAAAUCAUUUUCACGCAAGGGAACAUUAUUGAGGCAUGCACAUAUUCACUCAGGAGAAAAACGAUUUCAGUGCAAAUAUUGUGAAAAAUCAUUUUCACAGAAGGUAACUUUAUUAUCUCAUGAACAUAUUCACACAGGAGAAAAACCAUUCCAAUGCAAAUAUUGUGAGAAAUCAUUUUCACAGAAGGGAACAUUAUUGAGGCAUGAACGUAUUCACUCGGGAGAAAAACCAUUCCAGUGCAAAUAUUGUGAAAAAUCCUUUUCACAGAAGGGAACUUUAUUGUCUCAUGAACGUAUUCACACAGGAGAAAAACCAUUCCAAUGCAAAUAUUGUGAGAAAUCAUUUUCACAGAAGGGAACAUUAUUGAGGCAUGAACGUAUUCACUCGGGAGAAAAACCAUUCCAGUGCAAAUAUUGUGAGAAAUCAUUUUCACAGAAGGGAACUUUAUUUUCUCAUGAACGUAUUCACACAGGAGAAAAACCAUUCCAAUGCAAAUACUGUGAGAAAUCAUUUUCACAGAAGGUAACUUUAUUGUCUCAUGAACAUAUUCACACAGGAGAAAAACCAUUACAAUGCAAAUAUUGUGAGAAAUCAUUUUCACAGAAGGGAACAUUAUUGAGGCAUGAACGUAUUCACUCAGGAGAAAAACCAUUUCAGUGCAAAUAUUGUGAGAAAUCCUUUUCACAGAAGCAAACUUUAUUGUCUCAUGAAUAUAUUCACACAGGAGAAAAGCCAUUCCAAUGCAAAUAUUGUGAGAAAACAUUUUCACAGCAGGGCAAUCUAUUGACUCAUGAACGUAUUCACACAGAAGGAAAACCAUUUCAGUGCAGUCAUUGUGAGAAAACAUUUUCACAGAAGGGAAAUCUAUUGACUCAUGAACGUAUUCACACAGGAGGAAAACCAUUUCAGUGCAAUUAUUGUGAGAAAAUGUUUUCACUAAAGGGAAAUCUAUUGACUCAUGAAUGCCUUCACACAGGAGAAAAACCAUUCCAAUGCAAACAUUGUGAGAAAUCAUUUUCACAGAAGGAAAAUCUAUUGACUCAUGAACAUAUUCAUACAGGAGAAAAACCAUUCCAAUGCAUAUAUUGUGAAACAUCAUUUUCACAGAAGGGAAAUCUAUUGACCCAUGAAAGUAUUCACACGGGAGAAAAACCAUUCCAAUGCAAAUAUUGUGAGAAAUCAUUUUCACGGAAGGGAAUUUUAUUGACUCAUGAGCGUAUUCACACAGGAGAAAAACCAUUCCAAUGCGAAUAUUGUGAGAAAUCAUUUUCACUGAAGGGAAUUUUAUUGACUCAUGAACGUAUUCACACAGGAGAAAAACCAUUCCAAUGCAAAUAUUGUGAGAAAUCAUUUUCACGGAAGGGGAUUUUAUUGACUCAUGAACGUAUUCACACAGGAGAAAAUCCAUUCCAAUGCAAAUAUUGUGAGAAAAUGUUUUCACGGAAGGGAAAUCUAUUGACUCAUGAACGUAUUCACCCAGGAGAAAGACCAUUUCAGUGCAAUUAUUGUGAGAAAAUAUUUUCACAGAAGGGUGGUCUAUUAACUCAUGAAGGUAUUCACGCAGGAGAAAAACCAUUCAGAUGUAUACAGUGUGAAAAACCAUUUUGCUCGCAGCAGGCUCUUCACCAUCAUGUUCACAUUCACACAGGAGAAAAACCAUUCAAAUGUGAAUAUUGUGAGAAAUCAUUUUCACAGAAGAAGAAUCUUUUGAUUCAUGAAUGCAUUCACACUGGAGAAAAGCCAUUCAGAUGUGUUCAAUGUGAUAAAUCAUUUGUCUCAAAGCUGGCUCUUGUCAGACAUAUUGGUAUUCAUGCCAGAGACAAACCAUUCCAACUCAACUUCAACUGUAAAUAUUGUCAUAAAAUCUUCAAGAGUGAGUCUGACUUACAAAAACAUGAGCGCAGCCACAAUCAUGCUACUCUCAAAUCUUUGAAGGUGUCUGUUGAAAGUCCCGGAAAGGAUAAACGUACAAAGCCAAAACGUGGCAAAGCUAUGAAAAGUUCUUGUUCAUUGUCUCGUCAUGAACUAACUGUUGUGGCAGAAGAACCUGUAGUAGAACUAACCGAUCAUUUAAAUAGCAAAUAUUCUCUAAAUGGACGAAACCCAAAACCUGCAUGUUUUGCGGCAAAUGAAUGUUUGAUCAGCAGAAAGACUGAGAGUAAGGUAUCGAAGUUGCCCGCUGCAGUCGGGUGUUCUGAAAUGGAUAUCAAGGACACGGCUGCAAAAAUGUCUAGUAUCAAUGGGAGUGAAACUCUAGGUCUGGGUAGUACUGCGAAAACUGAGGAAUAUAAAGUUCGGUGGCUGGCUGUGAAACGAAGGUUGAUACGAGAUACUAUUGAGCGUCCUUCUAAUCAGCUGGAAAAUGUUAAAAGUGAACUCAUUGACAUGUCUGUUGCUGACCAGUCUAAUGGAAGAGUUGAACCAGCCAACACAUCCGCCACGGGGCAGGUCAGGGCUGAACGAGACCGACGUGUUGUUCAUGUUAGAGAGGAGAGUAAUGUCCUCAGUGGGACCUUUAACCCGCCACCUGCAGAGAUCAACUGUUUCAAAAGUGGACUACGUCAAUCUGACAUAUCGCCUAUAGAACAGACCAAUAUAAAAAAUGUCCCAUGUGACAUAUCACCUAUAGGACAGGCCAAUGUCAAAAAAGACCCAUGUGACAUAUCUCCAAUAGAACAGACCAAUAUCAAAAGUCACCCAUGUGACAUAUCUCCUAUAGAACAGGCCAAUAUCAAAAGUGACCCAUUUUAUAUUUCUCCUAUAGAACAGGCCAAUAUCAAAAGUGACCCAUGUAACAUAUCUCCUAUAGAACAGGCCAAUGUCAAAAGUGACCCAUGUGACAUAUUUUCUGUAGAACAGGCCAAUGUCACAAGUGUCCUAUUUGACAUAUCUUCUAUAGAACAGGCCAAGUUCAAAAGUGAGCAAUAUGACAUGUCUCAUCUAGAGCAGGGUUGUACCGUACAGGUAAUUGGACCAUGUGACACGUCUCCUACAGAAGAGGCCAAUGUGUUAAGUGAGAUCGGCAACAUGUCUCCUAUAGAGAAGGUCCAUGUCAAAAGUGAGCCACUUGACGCAUCUUCAGAAGAGGGGGCCAGUGUUAAAAGUGAGCCGUUUGACACUUCUCCAUUAGAGCAGGCCAAUAUCGAAAGAGAAACAUGUAACAUUUCUCAGAUAGAGUUGGCCGGUGUCAAAAGUGAAGCAUGUGACAUAUCUUCUCUAGAGCAAAUUAGUGUGAAAAGUGAGUCAGCUGAUGACACGCCUCAAGCAGGGCAUGAUUUAAUAGAGCAGGAAAACUCCAGUGGUGCACAGGUUGAUAUAUCUAAGAUUGAUGAAUACAUUGCAGUGUUUGAUCGCUGGGCAGAAAUGUUGUGUAAAGAGAAAGAUUAGAUUUAAAAAUUGUAACUUUUAUAUUCUGCUGUUAAAUCAGUGAUCAAUGAUUAAAAAGCGACCAGUCUUUUGUACUUAAAACGCU